AUGAAUAACUACAGAAUGGCUCCCUUUGUGUUAUUUAAUUUCUUCUAUAUUCUCUUCUUCCAUCUCUUUAUCUACGCUGUUGCCGCUGACCCCUCGGUUAGCAUUGCCGCAGCCUACGAUGCCGAGAUCAAUGAUGGUUGGGCACGUUAUCUGUAUUGGCUACGGCCAGACGGCAAAAUUGUGAUGCAGGGCCGAGAUACGGCUCCCAUGGAACGGGAGGAGAUUCAACAAACAGUGAAGCCCCAAGAUAAUUCCCCCCUUGCCGCUCUUUAUCGCCGUAAGGACACCGGGGCACGUGAGCUUUUCGUAUCGUACAUCGAUAAAGAGGGUAAUGUGAUUGACGUCGCGUGCCGCCAUGAAGGAAACAAAUAUGUCGAUUGGAGUACUCAUCAGCUGAAGUACAAGGCAUCCUCUGGACUCGCUCUCGCUGAAGCGGACCAUAAGCUUCGACGGUUUUACAUUGACAACGAGGAUUAUGUCACACAAGCGAUGGACGACAAUAUAAUUCGACUUGGACCAAAGGCUGCGCGGGGAUCCCAAGUCUCUGCUACAGUCCCUAUCGGGUCUACUGACAUUCAUGUCUUCUUCGUUUCUGAGGAUAAGAAAUCUCUUGCUUCUCUGACAUUUAACGGAAAGAACAACAAGUGGUCUAUAGGCCAUCUACCUGCUAUCAAGGAUUUCACCAAAGAUCCAAAGUCCGGUUUCUCCGCUGCGGCCUGGUCUAAUCCCUCAAUCAUCCGGGUGUUCUACAUCAAUGAAGACCGGCUUACGAGUGAGUGGACGUUAGAUGGCGGGUCGUGGACCAACACAACCGAUACCCUGUCGACCGGACUCGGGGCCGAGCCUUAUGGCCCCGUUGCGGCUUCUCGCAGCGUGAAUGGCUCGGGGAGAUACCUCGAAUAUUUCUACACCGCAGAUGGGGGCCAGAUCAAUUACCUGGCCAAGAACUCUGAAUAUAGCGCUCCCUUCAAGAUUGAGGUUUCCAAUUUCGAUUUCCCCAAGGCUCAGCCACUCUCGAGAGAGGAGAAGAUUAACCUUGGCAUUGGCAUUGGGGUAGGUCUUGGGGUUGGCAUUCCGACCUUUAUUGUUGCCGUUAUAGGAUUGAAAUGUUGGAAACGACGCAGGGGAAAGGACCUAGAAACAACAAGCAGCAGUGAUCAAGACUAA